UUAUUAAUAAAUUAAGUGUUUGAGGGAAUUAAUUUUUUUUCCAAAUACAUCCAAUAAAUUUAAAUGUACAUUGUUAUCUGAUCUGAUUGUUGCACUAGCGUAUAGACUUAAUAAAUAACAUUAUAUUAAAUAUUAUAUACAUACACUGUAAAGUAAGGAUUACUUUGCUUCACGAUUGAUUUUAUAUAUCCAUCGAAAUGACAAAUCUUAAUGUGAGCAACAGCAGUACAGACAGUAGUUCUGGGUCCAGUUCUGAUUCCAGCAGUAGUGCCUCCAGUUCGACCAGCUCAGGUUCAGGCUCUAGUAGUUCGGACUCUGAAUCAUCAGUUUCAGAUGUCCAAACAACUACAGCAGCAGCUUCCAAGUCUCCAAAGGUAACACCUACUGAAGAACCGAAAAAGAAAGAUGAGCUCAAACAGAGAAGAUCAUCUAAAUCCAAAAUCAUAUCUUCAAGUGAUGACGACAUUCCUAAAAUACCAAGUCCUAAACCUGUUGCUAGAAGAGGUAUGACUAAAACCAAAAACGCGGCAAGUGUUCUAGCAGCAAAGAAACCCUCAGCAAAGCCUGCAGGGGCUAAAUCUCGAGCAGUACCUAAAGUUACUAAUAUAGUGAAAAAUGAUAAUGCAUCAAAGAAGAAAAGUAUAUUUUCUCCUGAUAACAGUUCUGAAUCAGACUCAGAGAGUAAGGGUAGUAAGACAUCUAAAUUAAGUCCAAAAACAUCCCCUAAACCAAAAAAGACAAGAAAGUCAAGUGAUAAGGACACCUCACCACCUUCAAUUCAAAAUGAUGAUUCGAAUUCCAAGGAUAGUUCCAAGAGAAGAGGAAGUAGAUCGAGCGGGCCCCCUAAAAAGUUAGAAGAUAAAAGUGUGUCAUCUUGUACAUCCAGUCAAUCAUCAGUGGAAUCUGUGUCAGAUAGUGAAAGUGAGCCAACACCAAAGAAAGGUCUAUCUAAAACGAAGUCAAAUAAAGAGAAUCAAAAAAGCGGUGACUCAGGUGACUCAGUGCCUAGAAAGUUGACGCGUUCUAUUGCAGCACGGGCUUCACGUAAGGUGACUUCUAAACCAAAUGAUUCUGAUUCUGAAGCAGAAGAAAAAAGUAAUGGCAAAAGUAAAGAUAAAGAAGAUAAAAGGCUAGCAAAAGCUCGUGCAGCACUUGUGAAAUCACCAGCCAUUCUACCGAGAUCCACCUCACCGUCAGAGAGAAGAUGCCCAGUCAGAGGAUGUGAUUCUAAAGGACAUUUUGGUGGAAAGGCAGAGAAGCACUUCACCUACAACGCGUGCCCCAUGUACCACAACGUGACGGGCGCAUGGUGCGUGGCGGCCGCAGAGGAGAGAGUCGCCGCGGCCUCCGCCAGGAAGAAGGCCGUCAGCGCCAUGAUGCAGAGGCCCAGGACCAUGCCCACCAUCGAGCAAAGGGCUUACCAGCUCAAGGUCAAGGAUAUGCGUUCGAAAUGGAAAGGCAGCCACGAGCUCAAGUCGAUGUCCAACGAGGAUAUCGGAGAAGAGAGAGAACCCGUUUUAGACGGUUUCGUGCCGGACUACGAUUUGAGAUUGUUCAGAGAUGCGCAGGCGCUCGCGGCCGUCCAGAUUGAGGAGGAGUUGGAAGACAUUGCCAGCGACAAGGGAACGAGAUACGUGGUGAUGGGCAAGUAUAUGAUGGAGGUGUGGUACCAGUCUCCGUACCCGGGCGAAGCGGCCCGCGUGCCCCGGCUCUUCGUGUGCGAGUUCUGCCUCAAGCACCACACUUGCGCCACGGGGGCGCAGCGCCAUCGCCUCAAGUGCGUCUGGCGGCACCCGCCUGGGGACGAGGUGUACAGAAAAGAUACGCUGAGCGUAUGGCAAGUGGACGGCCGCAAGAACAAGCAGUAUUGCCAGCAGCUCUGCCUCUUGGCCAAGUUCUUCCUCGACCACAAGACGCUGUAUUACGACGUGGAGCCCUUUCUCUUCUACGUGAUGACCAGCGCAGAUGAGGAGGGCUGCCAUAUCGUUGGCUAUUUUAGUAAGGAAAAGAACUCGUUUCUCAACUACAACGUAUCGUGUAUCCUCACCUUGCCGCCUUACCAAAGGCAAGGCUACGGAAGGCUUCUCAUAGAUUUCAGUUACCUACUAACAAAGGAAGAGGGGAAAGUCGGAUCUCCAGAAACACCGCUAUCAGACCUCGGACUUAUAUCCUACAGGUCUUACUGGAAGGAGGCGAUCCUCAAACGAUUAUGUUCAGCUCCAGGACCGACCCUGGGUAUACGCGACCUCAGCAAGGACUUGGCUAUCUCCUCAUCUGAUAUAGUCUCGACUCUGCAAGAACGAGGUCUAAUGAAGUAUUGGAAAGGCAAGCAUAUUGUCUUGAAGAAGCAGGAUGUCUUGGAGGAAGCAACUCGUCGCGCAGGCCGCGUUCGCUCAGUAGAGCCUUCCUGCCUUCGUUGGUGGGGUGGGCCGACACCGCGUUAACCAAAAUCUUUAUAUAUCCCUGAAUUUAUUGUUUAAAUGCAAUCGAUUUUAAGAUUCAUUGGAUUAGUGCGACGGCCAUUAGAUUGGCAAAAACAAAUCUUUAACAAAACAAUUCAGUAAAAUGUUAUACAAAUUAUAUUCCUUCUAUAUUCAGAGAGAGAGAUUCAAUAAAAAAUAUUUGUUUAUUUUUUUAAAUUUAAAUAAAGAAUGAUUUUUCUGUUUUAGGCGUGGGUUUUAACCCCAAGAAUCAUAUUUUAUAAUAUCGCAGAAUCUAGAUAUGUGCCUAAUGGCCCAUAUUACUAUGAUUUGAUCUCAUUUUUAUUAUUUGUAUAUAAAAUAUAUAUUCAAUGUCUAAAUGUAUUUUCUAUACAAAAAAAAAUUAAACUCUAUGUAUAGAUAAACGUACGAAUAAGUAGUAAUAAGAGUCCCUUUUCUAACUGGCAAGAACCUUAAAAUAUAAUUUAAUAUGUAAGAACUAGGUUCAUUUUCUAAUGGCAUAUAUUUUUGGUAUAUUUUAUAUAUACAUAUAUCAUAUAUAGCUAGUUUGAUACUCGACAAAAAUAAAACAAUGUUAACAAUAUAUGGACUAAAAUUUUAUUUGAUUUUUCGUGAGACGCUUUAAAGCUGGGUUUUAUAAUUGUGAUAGCGAUUGUUGUAUCGUUAAAUUGUACCAAUUUACAAAGUCUAUGCGUCCAGAGGCUUGGGACAAACUCACUCUUCGACAGUCGUGACCCAUUCGCGUCUAACGGAUUUGUAUGAAAACGGUCACGUGACAAAGGGUGAUGUAAAGUCAUUCCUAUUUUGGGUCAAGCCUGUCGAAAAGUGAUUUUGUCUCAAGCACCUGAAGUAUAUAUGUUUGUAGAGAUUUCAUGUUAGUUUUUAAGGUAUUAUGUGUGUCUAUAUCUAAUCUGUGUCUAUAUAAUAAACGCAUAUUAAUAAAAAAAUAUUUAA